GUAGUAUAAAAUAACUUGCCCAGAUACGUAAAGAAACGAAAAUGUAAAAAGAGAGAUGCUUAUCGUUGCGCACUUUGCCUUGGUCAGAAUUUAAUCCAUAUAUACAAAGCAGACUAAUCGCACCGUUUUCUACAAUACUGAGAAAAAACGAUAAUUUUUCGAGCUAUUCGAAAGAUGGAUAAAAUCAGAAGAGCAUCUCACGCCGGUUCUUGGUACACCGACAAUCCUAAGAAAUUAUCUGAAGAGCUAGAUGGUUGGCUGAGUGAAGCUGGGUUGGCUAAGUCUUCCAAUGUAAGAGGGGUAAUUGCGCCUCAUGCAGGCUAUUCUUAUUCUGGUCGUGCAGCAGCCUAUGCAUUUGGAAACAUAGAUCCUGCAAACAUCUCUAGGGUGUUUCUUCUUGGUCCAUCUCAUCACCAUUACACUCUAAAAUGUGCACUUUCAAGAGCCACAGUUUACAAGACUCCAGUAGGUGACUUAUCUAUUGAUCUAGAAGUCAACGAGGAGCUAAAAGCUACAGGGAAAUUUGAAUUGAUGGAUCUUCAUGUUGAUGAAGCUGAACAUAGCAUGGAAAUGCACCUGCCUUAUCUUGCUAAAAUUUUCCAGGGGUACCCUCUAAAGAUUGUUCCUAUCUUGGUUGGUGCUCUUAAUGCUGAAAAUGAAGCCAUGUAUGGACGAUUGCUAGCGAAAUAUGUGGAUGAUCCCAGGAAUUUUUUUUCAGUGUCUUCAGAUUUUUGUCAUUGGGGUGCUAGAUUCAACUACAUGCAUUAUGACAAAAAACAUGGAGCGAUCUACAAGUCCAUAGAGGCAUUGGAUCGAAUGGGGAUGGAGAUAAUCGAAACGGGAGAUCCAGACGAAUUUAAACAGUAUCUGUUGAAUACAGAAAAUACAAUUUGUGGACGCCAUCCUAUUAGUGUUUUUCUUCAUAUGUUGAAGAAUAGCUCAACGAAGAUAAAGAUUCAGUUCCUUCGAUACGAGCAGUCAAGUCAGUGCAAAAGCACAAGAGACAGCAGUGUCAGUUACGCUUCUGCAGCGGCGAAAAUUGAUGCCUGAAUUUGUGCAGGGAACACAAUGUUUUAUUUUCUCUGAAGGAUUUUCAUUCCCAAUGCAAUCGAUCUGACUGUAAUUUCUAAUCUUUAUUUACACCACCUCUGGAAAUAACAAACCUUAUAUAUGUUCCCUAUUAAACUUAUCACCAGGAAUGGAAUUCUCCAAGUUCUUUCUUUGGCUGUUCAAAUCAAAUGACUCAUUUAAUUUUAGAA